AAAACAAAUAAGGGUUAGGGCUUACCUUACUAGAGCAGAGAGAGGGAAGGAGACGCCGAGAGAGAGAGGGAGAAGGAGACGUUGGGUCAGAGCAGUGCAAUGGGGGUAAAGGCUAAGAAAGCUUUGAGGAAGAAAAUAAAGAAGAGUUCUUCUGAUUUAGUUGUUUCGGGUAGAGAUGAAGUGUCGGACUUUUUGCCACUAGAAGGUGGUCCAGGGAGAAAACUACCCAAAAGCCGGGAAGAACUUGUGAAAGAUACUGCCACAGUCUUAUAUAUAGGUCGCAUACCACAUGGGUUCUAUGAGGAUCAAAUGGAAGGUUUUUUCAAACAAUUUGGCAAAAUCAAGAACUUGAGAAUUGCGCGAAAUAGGAAGACAGGGAAGUCAAAGCACUAUGGCUUCAUUGAAUUUGAGUCUCCUGAGGUGGCCAAAAUUGUGGCUGAUUGUAUGCACAAUUAUUUAAUGUUUGAACACAUGUUGCAAGUCCAUCUUGUCCCUCCUGAACGAGUUCAUCCGAAGCUAUGGAAUGGAGUAAACCACCGACACCAGCCAUUGGAUUCAAUAAAAAUCGAACGCAAGCGGCAUGACAAGGAAAGAACGGUUGAAGAACACCGGAAGUUGGUGGAAGGAAUCUUGAAACGAGACAAGAAGCGGCGCGAGAGAAUAGAGGCUGCUGGUAUUGAUUACGAAUGCCCGGAAAUUGUGGGGAGUAUUCAGCCCAUUCCAAAGAAAAUCAGAUUUGAGGAGGAAGAAGAAGAUUAGGGCACUUUUUGCAGAUACCGUGCUCUUUAUUUAUCAUCGCCUUACUGUUAUUUUCUAGAGCAUGAUAUAACAAGGUUAUGUCGUUGUUUGAUUGCAUGGCAUUUUGUCAGAUGAAGCCUCAGGUCCAGCCAAACUGAUUUUCCAGCCUUCAAGUCAAGCUGAGGUUGGCCUUGGCAUAUGCCAGUCCAGCCCAAAGCAAAAGACAAAUGCUCACAUACAAAUGCUAUAUCCAAAACUUUCACGUACAAUGCUUUCUUUUGUGCCAA